GCUGAACUGGUCUUCCACGGGUUCCUCCUUGGCAGUACGGCACUGAUUGACCGCCCCUCUUCUUUGUAAAUACAGCUUACGGUGGCUUUAUCAUCAGUCCCGGCCAAAUUUGGUUCACCUUUUGACGCGAAAGAUGUACAGGUCAUCCUUUUGCUACAAAAUCUCUACCGGUUCUCUAUUUAGUCUCUGGGAUCACCUUUCCACGUCUAUUUGUGCCGUCUCGGGUGUCGACAUCAAGCCGACUGCUUUAAGCAGCAUAGGUCCCAGGAACAGGCUCCGACUCGAAGGAAAACAAACCCCCAGAUAUCUCAUGUAUCUGCAGUAUAACCUACGUGCAAUGUUUCUUACCUCCCCGCUCUUUCGGACUGAUGGGAGUGGAGCGCCUUACCUGUUCUCUGGGUUCCCUUUGACUGGCUCUAAAUAUUGGCCCCAUCCAGUGUGUGGGCUACUUUGCUCGUCACCCAAUGCAGCAAACCUUCCAGAGGUCAUCGCAUUGCCCUGGUGGACCCCGGUCUCUGCUAUACAGAAAUCCUGGACUCAUCGCUCCCAUACUGCCGUUUCAGGCGCGAAUUUUAUCCACGAAUCCGUAUUCAGUUUCAUAACCUGUGACGAACACCGCGUUCAUUGCAAGGUUGAUUCGGUCAAUGCCGUACAUUUAGAUGCCGUCAAAAUUCUGAAGGAGUUUUUAUUAUCCGAUAAAGAUUCAACCGAACUGCUACGAGUUACAAAGACCGACAGUCUGAAGCUUCUCAUGCACAUGCGGUAUUUCACGGGGUAUGCGACGUUAUGGAACAUAAUCGUCUAUCCCAUAGACUUGCCAUUGGAAUUCGAGGAUGGUCUGCGGAUCCUAGUCAUGAACUUUUCGCACUGGCGGUCUCGACAGCGAAUAUUUAGGCAUCGCAGGGCCAAUAACCAUAUGUGGGGCUACGCAAUCUCGGCCGCAUAUCUCUAUAUGACUCCUUGCUUCUUUCUGGGAUACUGA